GACGUUCCAUUCCAGCACAACGAAGACACCGUACCUGUAUUCAUUAAUACUACACAUCGGCUCAAUGUACUAUGUCUAGACAUGGUCUAGAUAAUGUCACAGGAAAGAUGAUGGGAAAGUGCUUUAUAUGCGCCGUUUUCGUGCUUUGCUGCGUGUCUGGGAUCGAUAGCGAAGACAUCUACAAUGAGUUUACCUCAAAACUUUCGGCGUACUCGGUUGUUAAUCCUCAAGUGAUCCACAGAUUGACAAGAGACGUCAGACCACAGUCAAGAGAGGACUAUAAAGAGGACACGUUAUCAUAUACACUUAGCAUAGAAAACCGAAAGCACAUCAUUCAUCUAAAAAAGAACAGGGACUUUCUACACCCAAAUCUUGUUAAGAAGUUUUCUGACUCAAUCCCUAAGGAUUCAGCAUAUCCUUUUAACUUUGAUUGUUAUUAUCAUGGAGAAGUUGAGGGGUACGAGAAUUCAGUGGUGGCAGUCAGCACUUGUUCCGGCCUAAGGGGUUUGAUCUUCCUUGGAAAUGAGACCUAUGGUGUAGAGCCUGUGCCACAGUCUCCCGCCAACGAUCACAUUCUCUACCGACUGAGAGACGUUCAGACCGGACCCGUGAGCUGCGGGGUUGUCAGCGAGGCUACGUCGACCCAAACCGACGAAUCCUUUGAACCCGGCGAGUCCCUGACAUCACUGCUGCGGAGGAAGCGCAACCUGCCGCUAACCAGUUACAUUGAGUUGGCACUGGUUGUGGACAACCUCAGGUAUAAUUUCAAGAAUAAAAACACCACAGCUGUGCGUGUGGAGGCGGUGGAAAUUGCUAAUCUGGUGGAUGGGUAUUUCAACCUGCUGAAUGUUCGUGCCAUCCUAGUGGACUUGGUGAUUUUUACAGACGCUAAUCCCUUCAGUGUGAGCGGCGCUGCAGGAGACGUGCUGAGCAGCUUCGCUACUUGGAGAAAAAAUUUUCUGGUGCCAAAAGUCAGAAAUGACAUCGGCCAUCUCAUCGUGGGCCAGAAGACGUCAUACAGCGGUGGCAUAUUAGGCGUGGCCUUCGUGGGCACUGUCUGCUCCCAGUCCGCCUCCGCAGGCAUCAGCGUGUUCAGUGACAACUCCCUGCCGUAUUACUCCACCGUGGUGGCCCAUGAGAUGGGCCAUAACAUGGGCAUGAGUCAUGACGACACGCGCUGCUCCUGUAAUAAUGGAGGACCGUGCAUCAUGCACAGCACUGCCGCUGGCUCCACUAUUUUCAGCACCUGCAGUUCAGAUGACUUUGAGUCUUUGGUAUCUCGUGGAGGAGGCGUUUGCCUGAAGAACCAACCACCCGCAUCUAGUGUAAUUAGUAUUCCUGUAUGUGGCAAUGCCCUGGUGGAGCAAGGAGAACAGUGUGACUGUGGUAAACCACAGGAUUGCAAGAAUAAAUGCUGCGAUGCUGCCACCUGCACCUUAAAGCCCGGGUCGGCCUGCGCUCAGGGAGCCUGCUGUGACGCCAACUGUCAGAUCAAGGUUUCUGGGACGCCGUGCAGAGACGCUGUGAACGUCUGUGACCUUCCAGAAUACUGUGACGGCAACGCGACCUGUCCCAAUGACUUCUAUGUGAUGGACGGCCUGCCGUGUUUGAACAAUGCUGCGUACUGCUUUGAGGGCCGAUGCCAGACGUACGAUUACCAGUGCCAGCAGCUCUUUGUACAAGCUUCUGCAAAGAAGGGAGCAGAUGUUUGUUUUCAGAAUGCAAAUACACAAGGAAACUUAUUUGGAAAUUGUGGUGUCACCAGCUCAGGACAGUUCAUCCCUUGCACUAAGGCAAACGUCAUGUGUGGAAAGGUGCAGUGCACUAAUGUAGACGUCAACAAACCCCCCAGUGGCGCUCAGGCCAGCAUCCAGAUCGUUGCCGGGGAAUCCUGUGCUAAUUUAGACUUCCAUCUUGGCACCGACAUGUUGGAUCCUGGCUACGUCAAACCUGGCAGCCCUUGCGCUACUGGAAAAACCUGUCUGAACUUUCAGUGUGUGAAUGCCUCUGCUCUGUUGCCCAACCUGACCUGCGACGCUCAGGCCACCUGCUCUGGCAGAGGGAUUUGUAAUGACAAAGGGCACUGCCACUGUCAAAACGGGUGGGCCCCACCCUACUGUGACAGGACAGGGCGAGGUGGCAGUAUUGACAGCGGCCCUGCUGAGAUAGACUACUCCCUCAGGAAUGGCCUGUUGAUCUUCUUCCUACUGGUGCUUCCUCUUCUGGUUCUCCUCAUUCUGGUCCUACUCUACUUUUUCAGGAGAGAAUCCCUGGACUCGUGUUUGAAAAGAAGACAAAAGCCACGUGUUGCUCAGAAUGGAAAUACAGCCAAACAGUCAAAUGUAAAUGUUCCGUCGGGGGCAGCAGUCCCACCUCCCAGAUCAGCUCCACCUGCAAGGCCUGUAAACCCACCAGAUAUUCCAACCUCACUUCCUGGUUUCAGAUAUGGAGAACUGGAUUACUGGAAUGCUGAAGCCACUUCGCCCCCUGCACAGCCUCCAGCUCACAUCCAGGGACCCGGGGUGCCCAAACCGAUCCCACCCAGGCAACCAAGGACUUAAUGGUUCUGAGUCUCCAAGGUUUACUGCUACUCAUCGUGGUACUGUGAAUAUGUGGUGUUUACAAGCAGCUCAACACUUUAAUAUACUGUAACUACUAAGAAGAUACUCACAUUGGAGCUUUGGAAUAUAACUUGCAUGCAGGUGAAUGAUGCUAAUAUAUAUGUGAAUAACUAUUGAGACCUGUUUUAUCACAUGUACAUAAAUUACAACAAAAAAAUGAAAUAAUUUUAACAAUUAUGUCAAUCUGAAUUUAGAGAAUGUUCACUUUCAUAAUAAAAUGAUCAAUAUAAAGAUAUAAA